AUGCCUCACCAAAGACCAACUUCCGGAUACGCCCGCUUGGCGCAGGCAGAUGAAGAGGAGCCAUUAGGGGACGAAGAUUCAGACCACGAGAACCAUCACACAACACCAAUGACUACCCGGUAUGCCUCAAUACAACCUGGGCCGCGAGAGAGCAUGCGCUCGGGCCCGCAAUAUAACCCCGGAAGGAGAACGACACGACGUAUGCGAAGUAAUUCCUCAGGAGUCGACAUCAAGGCCAUCAAUGCGCGGUUGGAGAGGUGGGCAGAAGAGAUUGUCACGAAAUUUAAGAUAAACUCGGUCAAGGGCAAGACGCAAGAGGAAGAACAGCUUGAAAUACAUCAUACCGUAUUCCAAGCCCCUCCUGGAAUCCAGCCAUAUACCGCAGAAGAUCUGGCCAGCUAUGCCGCAAUCGAGACACAACACAUGACAAAGCACCAGUUUGAUGAUGUUGUCGAGACCGUCAGAGUCGCCAUUGAGAUGGGUGUACACCCGAAAAUGAUAUCCCAAGGAAGCUCGGGAAGUUAUUUUGCGCGAAACAGCGACGGCAAGGUCGUUGGUGUAUUCAAACCAAAGGACGAAGAACCAUAUGCUUCGAGAAACCCGAAGUGGACAAAAUGGAUACACCGCAACUUGUUCCCUUUCUUCUUCGGCCGAGCCUGUCUCAUUCCCAACUUGUCAUAUGUCUCCGAAGCCGCCGCAUAUGUUCUGGACCGACAGCUGAGGACAUAUAUUGUGCCUUACACCGACGUGGUCUGGCUGUCCUCCAAAUCGUUUUAUUAUGACUUUUGGGAACGAAGAAGUAGCUGGAGAGGGAAGAAGAGCCUACCGGCCAAAGUGGGCAGUUUCCAGGUCUUCCUCAAGGGCUUCAAGGACGCGAACAUCUUCUUGAGAGAGAAUCCCUGGCCAGACCAAGCCACCGAGUUCCGAGCAGAUGUUGAACAUAAAAGGAAAAGGAGACCGCUGUCGAACUGUAUACCUAGUGCGGCACACUCCGACGACGAGGAAGAAUCACCUCGUCUCCUUUCCCCUCAGCCCCAGAUGGAACAAGCACCCAAAUUCCACUGGACACCCACGAUAAAACAAGCAUUUCGGGAAGAGCUUGAGAAACUCGUCAUAUUGGAUUAUAUAAUGCGGAAUACAGAUCGAGGAUUGGACAACUGGAUGAUUAAGAUAGAUUGGAAAUUGGAAGAAGUCUCGCUGAUUGCUGAACCUCCCAAGCCCCAGGGAGAUGGUCAGAAUGGAGACGCGACACCCCGACAGAUGUCAGUCAGCCCACGCCCGGAAUCCAAUACAUCGAGGCCUUAUCGUAGGUACGAGGCUAUGGAAAGCCGGUCAGCUACUCCUUCCCUUGGCCAAGAAAACAACUGCUCAAUAACUCUGGGAGCUAUUGAUAACAGUUUGUCAUGGCCGUGGAAGCAUCCUGAUGCUUGGCGGAGUUUUCCAUUCGGCUGGCUAUUCCUGCCGGUGUCUCUCAUCGGACAACCCUUCUCCAAGAAGACUCGCGAUCAUUUCCUUCCCCUCUUGACCUCGACGGCUUGGUGGAGCGAGACCCAACUGGCCCUCAGAAAAGUGUUUGCUCUUGAUGAUGAUUUUAAAGAAAGCAUGUUUGCGCGCCAAAUAGCUGUCAUGAAAGGCCAGGCAUGGAACGUCGUCGAGACUCUCAAGCAAGAAGACCAUGGACCGUUGGAACUGACGCGACGGACACGGGUCUGCGUCUGGGAUGACUUGGUCGAUGUUCCGGUGGCGAUCCCCAUGCGUGUCCCGUCGACAGAAAUGCACCGCAAAAACCGGCGAUUUGACCAGCAAGAAGAAAUGGACAUUGGUGCAUCAUACUCUUCGGCGCCUCCCGGACGACAGCAGCAACCUACGCACGACCUCCUUGGCUCGCCGACGAUGGAACUCCCCAACCCCAAUCGCUUCGACCUCACGCGCGACGAUAGCGCUGGUGAUGUCUCGUUCGCCUCGGGCCACGAAGGCCCAGCAAGCCCGCCAGUCGACACUAGCGGGUUCGACUCAUUCGACUAUGCCAAGGAAGCAAGGAACAGCCUAGGCAACAGUGCGAGCCUGCCGCCUCGUCCGACCAUGAAGAAACAACAGAACAGAUUCAGCUUCGACUUCCCCCGCCGCGAAGCCGCGCCUAGACCCAGUGCGCGCAGGCAGCGCUCCAUGUCCACUCGCAGCGGAAAGCGGGCCCCCAUUAUUUUGUACGAGGGGGACGACCUCGAAGGGGACCUUGGCUAUGCUGCCGCAAGCGACAUGGAACAGAACAAGCGCAAAGUCAUUGUCGAACGACUGGAAACCAUCAAAGGCAAACAGCCCGUCUUUACCUGGUGUUGA